AUGCUAAAAAAGUUAAAACCUAAAGAUGACACAAUUGGAUUCUGCUAUUUACUGCUUACACCCAUCGUAAUGGGCCCGUUUAUUGCCAGCUGGCUGUCACCUCAUAUUUAUGACGAUACCGUACAUGGAUUUGUAGAUGCUGGAUACGAGCAAGUGUUCGAAGCAUUCAGGUCAGUUUCGACUAUAUAA